AGUAGCAAGAAGGAGCAAUAUGCCGCGCUUCAAUUUUGAGUCUUACAUUUCCAAGAACUCGUUGAAUAAUUUUAGUCCAUUGCAUGAUCUAGAUCCGCAAGCAGAUUGGGAAGAUAAACGCAAGACAGAGAUCGCAGAUGGAGAGCAACCUGUUGAACCUAAGGCAUCUUCAACAUCGUCUGACAUUGACAGGCAGCUAGUAACAGAAAUCAAUGCUUUGACAGGAGGUGAAUAUACAUUAGAAGAUCUAGGCCUACUGCCAGCAUAUCAUGAGGAGGAAAACGAUACAUUUGAAGAAAAAGGAGAAGGAUUCAAUAAUAAAGAAAAUAUUGAUGUGGAAAUUACAGAACAAACAAGUAAAGAUUCCAUUGAGACUAACCAAUCAGCAAAUCAACAAAAAGGAAAGCUUGAAAGUCCUAAGCCUGCAAGAAAGAUGACAACUAGUGCGGCCGUCGCAGCGCCACUAACACUUAAGAUGGCAGAUAACACAGCUAGUUUUGAUAUCAAACACUCCAAUACUAUUAAAACGGAACCAGAAACCCAUAUAGGACACACAUACGAUGGUGGCAUGUUUCAUAUAACCGAUGGUGGUAUGUUUCAUAGAACCGAUAGUGAAAAGUAUGCAAAUCCAAAUCUUAAACUUAAGGCCGAACAACACGCAACAUCUUUAAUCUAUACCGAUGACAGGAAUUUCCUUCACCCUGUAAGAAAUACGAAUGAGAUCAAGAAUUUAAUUUCUGUAUCGAAACCGGAAGUUAUGUCUCCUUUACCAAAUGAAGUGGAAGAAGCAUUAGGCAGAUUAAAGAAUAUACCCGCCCAACAAGUUUCGCAUUUUGCACACCUUGGAGACUACGUCCGCCAUCUGCAGGCCAAUGAAAGAAUAUGCGAUGUAACCGUUCACAUCGGUACUGUAAAGUAUGCUGCACAUCGCAUAUGUCUUGCAUGUUACAGCGAUUACUUCGCCGAUAUUUUUUACAGCAGAGGUGAGAAACAGCGUGUCCCACUUACUGUCCGACUUAAAGGUAUUAAACCAAUUGCGUUCGAAAUCUUACUCAAAUACAUUUACACCGGGAUAUUAGAUGUCUAUCCAGAUGUCGUUGGUGAUUUGAUGACGAUGGCAGAAAGUCUACGAAUCCCGAUGGUGAAAACUCGUGUCAUUGAUCAUUUAGAAUGCCUACCAUUAGCAAACGCACUCGCCCUCCUGAUGAAGGAAAAGAUUUUCGGACCAUUGUACGAAAGAGUAAUGAUCGCUGUCUGCGAUCAGUUUAAUACAUUCAGACACGAAUCGGUGUUUCUAGAAAUAGACAUUGAAACAUUAAUCACCAUUCUGAGCAGUGAUAAUCUUAACAUCAGCACAGAGUUAGAUGUCUUCGGAGCAGCUAUACGCUGGAUUGCACAUAACCUAAUGAACAGAAAGCAGUACCUUAUAAGGCUGAUGCAAUGUGUGCGCUUUGCUUACAUGGACACGACAGAACUCUUCCACUGUAACGAAAGAACAGAUAUAUUGAAAGGAGAUACCCUUUGCAAACAGAUGUUACUGGAAGCUCUUUGGAUUGCAACUGCCAAGAUGUUAUGUAAAGAAGACCCAUACAACUUUGUGGUCCCAAAACAACGUAUAGCUACUAUGAAUAAACCAUUAGCUAAUCGACCUGCACAACAGCAAGAAAUGUAUCAUUCAGAAAUCCCUAUGCACACCCCCAAAAAACAGAGUGCUGGUGGUUCACGGAAAGUAGACGUAGAGGUUCAGUCCCCAAUUAUGACACCACGUUUCCAACGUUCUGAACCACAAGACGAUACACAGCAAACAUUACAAGAUGUCAUUGUGAUCGGAGGAUUUAACCCAUCUUCAAGCAGAGCAGCCGUUUCUGCUAAGUCUAUCGAAAGAUACGAUAAGAGUAACAACGCAUGGAAACAUUACUCUGAGUUACCGGAGCCUCGUCUUCAUUAUGCUGUAACAAUAUUGAAUGGAAAGAUUUACGUAACAGGUGGGAUUGAUCCAAGAAUGAAAAUAAAACUCCCAAUACCAUCAACGGAUUCCUUUGUAUACGACAUCAAAUGCAAUGCCUGGAUUAAAAUCAUGUCCAUGAAUACGGCUAGGAUGUACCACUCAUUGUGCUCUCUGUGUGGAAUGGUGUACGCCAUUGGUGGACAGGAUGGCGAUAACAGUGUAUUGAAUACAGUGGAAUGUUAUAAUCCAAUGACCGAUAACUGGUUCUUUGUCAAGUCAAUGCCAACAGCGAGGCUGGGUGCUGCAGUUGGAAACCUUGAUGGUAUAAUGUUUGUUACUGGAGGUUAUGGAGAAAAUAUCAGCAGAAGGUCUGGAAUGCCUGUUCUUGACACCGUAGAAAGCUUCGAUCCAAGAAAAAACAUAUGGACCGUUCAUAACAAUCUUCGGUUUCCUCGUUGCCAUGGUAAUAUCGUCACUAUCAACGGCAUAAUGUAUCUUUGCGGUGGAGCAACCCGAUCUUAUACAAGCAUGGAUUCUGUGAUCAGCAGUGUGUCUAGUAUCGAUGUAUACAACAAAGAACAUGAUGUCUGGGAAUUUUGCUCUGAUAUGGUAGUAUCCAGACAUGAUGCUGCCGUUGCCUCAGUUGGUGACCUUAUAUACAUAAUUGGAGGUGCAUCCACACAGUCUAACCGAAUUUUGAGAUCAGUCGAAUGUUUUGAUACUUCAACAAAAUCAUGGGUUCCUGGGGUUCAAGAUCUGCCUUAUCCAUCGAAGUGGAUACGAAGCCUGUCCAUUGUUAGCAAGUAAAGGGAAGAGUUAAUGUCGAUGUCCAAAGAAGAGGUUAUAGAAACUGAACUGAAUGAUUUCUUAAUAAGCAUUGUUAAUGAUAUAACAAUAAAUAUAUAUGCAUUCUUAA